AUGUCCGCUGAAGCCAAUCCACCAACCUCGGCUCCUCAUGCCAAACAAAGUAACCCGAAGGCAAAAAAAUCGAAGGCUGACAACCUUGAAGAUAACAUGAAUGCCCUGGAGAUAAGCCCACGUCCAGCAUACUUCGAUCAUCGCUUGGAAAUUUGGGACCGGCUGAAGGCGAAACAAGACGAUGAAUUGAAAUCCAAGCCCCGAGAGAAGAUCAUGGUCCAACUCCCUCAAGGAGAUCCUAAGGAGGCAGUUAGUUGGGAAACUAGCCCACUUGAAAUUGCACGCUCUCUGGGUAAAAGUUUGGCCGACCGGAUCGUCAUUGCUGAGGUCACGCUACCCGGAGCAGCAAAACCAAUCCUAUGGGAUUUAGAGAGGCCACUCGAGUCCAGCUGUUCAUUGCGUCUCCUAGAUUUCGAGAGCGACGAGGGCAAACGGGUGUUUUGGCACUCAUCUGCCCACGUCUUGGGAGAAGCCGCAGAAAAGCACUACGGCUGUCAUUUAUGUAUAGGCCCCCCAACCGACGAGGGCUUCUUCUAUGAAAUGGGAAUGGGAAUGAGUGGUGACAGAGCCAUUCAGUCAACAGACUACUCAUCGUUGCAAAAACUAGCUGAAAUGGCGAUCAAGGAGAAACAACCAUUUGAGCGUUUGGUGGUCUCUAAACCAGAUCUACUGGAAAUGUUUGCGUACAACAAAUACAAAACAUAUCUGAUCAACUCGAAAAUCCCCGAUGGGACCUCCACCACCGUAUAUCGCUGCGGGCCAAUGAUUGAUUUGUGUGUCGGCCCACACAUCCCCAAUACUGGUCAAAUUAAGGCGUUUUCAGUUCUCAAGAACUCAGCAUCUUAUUUCCUGGGAGAUUCCGCCAAUGACUCACUUCAAAGGAUUUACGGCAUUUCUUUUCCCGAUAAGAAAGCGAUGGCUGAGUAUAAAAAGUUUUUGGAAGAAGCUGCCAAGCGAGAUCAUCGGAAAAUUGGAAAAGAUCAAGACUUGUUUUUCUUUCAUGAAUUGAGUCCGGGUAGUUGUUUCUGGCUCCCUCAUGGAACCCGGAUUUACAAUACCUUAGUGGAAUUCUUCAAAUCUGAAUACCGUAAGAGAGGAUACGACGAGGUCAUCUCCCCCAAUAUGUACAAUUCCAAGCUAUGGCAAACUUCCGGCCACUGGGAGAACUAUGCGGAUAGUAUGUUCAAACUCGACAUUGAAAAGGAGACAUUUGGCCUCAAGCCCAUGAACUGCCCAGGCCAUUGUUUAAUUUUUGGCUCCCGGGAUCGGUCUUACCGAGAAUUACCAAUCAGAAUGGCUGAUUUUGGGGUCUUGCAUCGUAACGAAGCGAGUGGGGCUCUCAGUGGCUUGACAAGGGUCCGGCGUUUCUGUCAAGAUGAUGCUCAUCAUUUUUGUACCACCGACCAGAUCGAUUCCGAGAUGGCUGGAAUUUUCGAUCUGUUGAAGACAGUUUACGGGAUGUUGGGAUUCACAUAUAAACUGAAGCUAUCCACGCGGCCUGAAAAUUACAUUGGAGAUCUUGAGGUGUGGAAUCAAGCUGAAAAGCGGCUGGCGCAGGCACUCGAUGAAUUUGUUGGACCUGGAGAAUGGGAUGUUGACCCAGGAGACGGAGCGUUUUAUGGGCCCAAGAUCGAUAUUACAAUCUCUGAUGCUCUGAAGCGUAGACAUCAAUGUGCGACGAUCCAGUUGGACUUUCAAUUACCUGAGCGCUUCAAACUCCAGUAUCGCACCGAUCAAGGGGGACAAGGUGCUGAAGCUGGCGCAGAAGAACGCAAGCGCCCCGUGAUGAUUCAUCGUGCGAUCAUGGGUAGUGUUGAACGAUUCACAGCGAUCUUGACAGAACACUUUGCCGGAAAAUGGCCUUUCUGGCUGUCACCUCGUCAAGUAAUGGUCAUCCCCGUUGCCGCGCCUCACAAGGCUUACGCGCAAGAGGUCGCUCAAAAGCUUUGGGAUGCUGGCUUGUAUGCCGAUGCCGAUAUGUCUGACGCGACAUUGCCCAAGAAAAUUCGCAACGGGGAAGUUUCCUCUUACAAUUUUAUCCUAGUUGUGGGAAGUGAGGAGUUAGAAAGCCGAUCGGUGAAUGUUAGAAGUGCAGAUGAUGUGGGCCAGAAAGGGAAAGCAGAGGCGUUACCAUUUGAGGCCGCAUUAGAGAAACUACUUUCACUGAAGAACGAAAAAAGAAUCGAAAACAGAUUGAUAUGA